CAUAUUGGGUUGUCCCACCAACCAUUGUAGUAGAUCACAUCUAUUUUUAUCUGACACACUGUCGGUAACGAAUUAACUUCUUGUUUUAAGCCACGUUUUAGCGGUCUAGGUCAAAGAUAGUAAUAAGUAUUGUUACAUAUAGAGUUGAAGCCGAUAUUAACGAACCGAAGAAAGUAUUACAGGCGCCACGUUCUUGAAUCUAAACCUUCUGUCAACCAACAUGGACCAACUUGAAGUAAUAGCUACACAAGAAACCAAGAGCCCCUGGGGCGCUCCCGUCCUGGCACCGUCGCCCUGCUCUCUGGCUGAUGUUAUGAGUGAGGAGUUGGCCCGACAGCUGGAUGAAGAGGGCAACACUUUCCCAAACUGCCCAGAUACCGACCUGAAGCUGACCUGCGCUUCAGAAGUGGAAACGUCCAGCGACCUGAUACUGGCCCAGAUGCUUCAGAUGGAGUUCGAUCGCGAGUUUGAUACGCAGCUGCGCAGGGAGGAGAAGAAGUUUAAUGGAGACAGCAAAGUGUCCAUAUCAUUUGAGAACUACCGUAUGGUUCAUCCGUAUGAGGACAGUGACAGCUCUGAGGAUGAGGUGGACUGGCAAGACACUCGCCAUGACCCUUACAAAGCCGACAAACCAACUAUUACCCCUAAAAAGGGCUUUGUUGGUAAAGGCAAGAACAUCACCACCAAACACGACGAGGAGGUCUGUGGACGGAAGAACACCGCACGCAUGGAUAAUUUUGCUCCGGAGGUGCAGGUGGGAGACGGGAUCGGCAUGGACCUGAAGCUCUCCAACCAAGUGUACAACGCUCUGAAACGCCACUGUCAGUCAGAGCAGCGCCGUAGCGCUCGACUUCAUGAGAAGAAAGAGCACUCUACUGCUGAACAUGCUGUGGAUCCCAAGACCAGACUACUGAUGUACAAAAUGGUGAAUGCUGGGAUACUGGAGACCAUCAAUGGCUGCAUCAGCACAGGAAAAGAGUCAGUGGUGUUCCAUGCUAACGGAGGGAGCUUUGAAGAGAAGAUUGUUCCGGAAGAGUGUGUCCUCAAGGUUUUCAAGACCACCCUGAAUGAGUUUAAGAACCGGGACAAAUAUAUCAAGGAUGACUACCGCUUCAAAGACCGCUUCAGCAAGCUGAACCCUCGCAAAAUUAUCCGCCUGUGGGCUGAGAAGGAGAUGCACAACCUCACCAGGAUAAAGAAAGCAGGGAUCCCGUGCCCGGAUGUGAUUAUUCUCAAGAAGCAUAUCCUUGUGAUGUCAUUCAUUGGGCAGGACCAUGUUCCCGCACCUAAACUGAAGGACGCCAUCCUGAGUUCUGAGGAUAUGAAGAAAGCCUACUACCAAGUGCUAAACAUGAUGCAGCGGCUGUAUCAAGACUGUAACCUGGUUCAUGCUGAUCUGAGCGAAUACAACAUGCUCUGGCAUGAUGGACAGGUGUGGUUCAUCGAUGUGAGUCAGUCCAUAGAGCCGACUCACCCUCACGGUCUGGAGUUCUUGUUCAGGGACUGCAGGAAUGUGGCCACAUUUUUCCAGAAAGCAGGCGUGGCCGAGGCUCUCAAUGUAUUCGAGCUGUUCAACAUCGUGUCUGGACUGCAGAUCAACAGCGACAAUGAGGCUGAUUUCUUAGCCCAGAUUGAAGCCCUGGAGAAAAGAAAUGAAGAUCAUGUACAGAAACCGGGCAAGAAAAUCUUCAACGCCACCUGUGACGGCAGUCCACCCCAGUUAAACACUGAUGAUGAUGAUUAACACAAGCACAAUAGUCAUUUGAAUAAUAAAGGAGAGAAAAUUCCUCCGGUCACAAUAAGGAGUGGAAUGGGAUGAACGCCCGUGUCCAUGUGAAAUACUCACACCAUCCUUCUGCUGUCUGCUCGGUGUUGAAAAUGACACAUUGUGGUCAUUUGAGACAUCAAGCACAUCCUGUCAUUUUUUUAACAGACAGUUUUGGAAGAUGGUUAAACAGAUAUUCAACAAAAAAAAAAAAAAAGGAAACCAGUAACUAUAAAGACACAUGUGAUGUUUUUGAAUUGUGUGGUGUUAAAAAUGUGUCUCCUUCCACAAAAAGGGCAAGAAUGCAGUGAAGAUCUCCUGGAAAUCUCUGAAUGCUCUGUAUGUGUGUUGAUUUGAGCUUUUGUAUUGAACAGAACGCAGGACAUUGCUUCAGUUCUGCAUGAAAAUGACAGCCUGGGUUUUUUUGUGGAGUCAGUUUACUGCUAAGAUGACUAUUGAUGUAGAUCAAAAAUGAUGUGGUCUUUGGAAAAUCAGGUAAAGAUGAAAAUAAACUCUUGAGUCGCAA